AUGUCGUCCAACCGCACGCAGAACCCGCACGGCCUGAAGCAGAUCGGCCUGGACCAGAUCUGGGACGACCUGCGGGCCGGCAUCCAGCAGGUGUACACCAGACAGAGCAUGGCCAAGUCCAGAUACAUGGAACUCUACACGCACGUGUACAACUACUGCACCAGCGUGCACCAGUCCAGCCAGGGCAGGGGCUCGGCGCCCCCCACCAAGCCCUCUAAAAAAACCAACACUCCCGGCGGAGCCCAAUUCGUGGGCCUGGAGCUCUACAAGAGGCUGAAGGAGUUCCUGAAGAACUACCUGACCAGCCUGCUCAAGGACGGCGAAGACCUGAUGGACGAAUGCGUUCUCAAGUUCUACACUCAGCAGUGGGAGGAUUACCGCUUCUCCAGCAAGGUCCUCAACGGCAUCUGCGCCUACCUCAACCGCCACUGGGUCCGGCGGGAGUGCGACGAGGGACGCAAGGGCAUCUACGAAAUUUACUCGCUGGCCCUGGUCACCUGGAGGGAGUGUUUGUUCAGACCCCUCAACAAACAGGUGACGAACGCCGUGCUGAAGCUCAUCGAGCGCGAGAGGAACGGCGAGACCAUCAACACCCGCCUCAUCAGCGGCGUGGUCCAGUCUUACGUGGAACUGGGCCUGAACGAGGAAGACGCCUUCGCCAAAGGCCCCACGCUGUCCGUCUACAAAGAGUACUUUGAGUGCCAGUUCCUGACGGACACGGAACGUUUCUACACGCGCGAGAGCACAGAGUUCCUCCAGCAGAACCCGGUCACCGAGUACAUGAAGAAGGCGGAGGCGCGGCUGCUGGAGGAGCAGCGGCGCGUGCAGGUCUACCUCCACGAGUCCACGCAGGACGAGCUGGCCAGGAAGUGCGAGCAGGUCCUCAUCGAGAAGCACCUGGAGAUCUUUCACACGGAGUUCCAGAACCUCCUGGACGCCGACAAGAACGAAGACUUGGGUCGCAUGUACAACCUGGUGUCGCGCAUCACGGACGGCCUGGGAGAGCUGAAGAAGCUCCUGGAAACCCACAUCCACAACCAAGGCCUGGCCGCCAUAGAGAAGUGCGGCGAAGCGGCGCUCAAUGACCCCAAAGUGUACGUGCAGACCACGCUGGACGUGCACAAGAAGUACAACGCCUUGGUCAUGUCGGCCUUCAACAACGACGCCGGUUUCGUGGCGGCCCUGGACAAGGCGUGCGGCCGCUUCAUCAACAACAACGCCGUCACCAGGAUGGCGCAGUCGUCCAGCAAGUCGCCGGAGCUGCUCGCCCGAUACUGCGACUCGCUGCUCAAGAAAAGCUCCAAGAACCCCGAAGAGGCGGAGCUAGAGGACACGCUUAACCAAGUGAUGGUGGUGUUCAAGUACAUCGAAGACAAAGACGUUUUCCAGAAGUUUUAUGCCAAGAUGCUGGCCAAGCGUUUAGUCCACCAGAACAGCGCCAGCGACGACGCCGAGGCCAGCAUGAUCUCCAAGCUCAAGCAAGCAUGCGGCUUCGAGUACACGUCCAAACUCCAGAGGAUGUUCCAGGACAUCGGUGUCAGCAAGGACCUCAAUGAGCAGUUCAAGAAGCACCUCACCAACUCGGAACCCCUCGACCUGGACUUUAGUAUUCAGGUCCUGAGUUCUGGCUCGUGGCCUUUCCAGCAGUCCUGUACCUUUGCGCUCCCUUCGGAGCUGGAGAGGAGCUACCAGCGCUUCACGGCAUUCUACGCCAGCAGACACAGCGGCAGGAAGCUGACGUGGCUCUACCACCUGUCCAAAGGCGAGCUGGUGGCCAACUGCUUCAAGAACAGGUACACGCUGCAGGCGUCCACCUUCCAGAUGGCCAUCUUGCUACAGUACAACACGGAGGACAGCUACACCGUGCAGCAGCUCUCGGACAGCACGCAGAUCAAAACGGACAUCCUCAUUCAAGUUCUGCAGAUCUUGCUCAAGUCCAAACUGCUGGUUCUGGAAGACGAGGGCGCCAACGUUGACGAGGUGGACUUCAAGGCGGACACGGUCAUCAAACUGUUCCUGGGUUACAAAAAUAAAAAGUUGCGCGUGAACAUCAACGUGCCCAUGAAGACGGAGCAGAAGCAAGAGCAAGAGACCACGCACAAGAACAUCGAGGAGGACCGCAAGCUCCUCAUUCAGGCGGCCAUCGUGAGGAUCAUGAAGAUGAGGAAGGUCCUGAAGCAUCAGCAGCUGCUGGCCGAGGUCCUCAACCAGCUAUCAUCUCGGUUCAAACCCCGCGUGCCCGUCAUCAAGAAAUGCAUCGACAUCCUGAUAGAAAAGGAGUACCUAGAGCGAGUGGAUGGCGAGAAGGACACUUACAGCUACCUGGCAUAA